CCGACGCCUGGAGGUACAGCGCGGCUAUGGGGUUGUCUGUCUACAGUGGACCCCUCUUUUAGAAGCACUGCAUCCAGCACAACACGGAUUCCUCUAAUGCGCACUGUAAAUACAUUCACGUUUUUUUUUUGUUCCCCAACGCUCCCCAGUGGCUCCGUUGUAUUUUUUGCAGACUAUGCGCUUCUCCGUAUGUUAAUGAAGUGAGAUUACUGAAUGCGCGUCGCACUUGUGGGAACAUUUUUUAGAGAUUUGGGAAUCUCUCUUUCUGGACUCCUCACAAUGAGGAAACUCUGAGGUGGCAGCCUUUUUUCAGUUACGCUUCCUUUGGCUGUAACCAAGGGCUAGCUCAUGAACCGGUAUCCUCUUGCGUGGAAUUCUGUUUUCACUUAGAACUCUGCUGCCUGGACAAAUGCAUACAAAUGCAUUUAGGAGCCCAACGGACAAGGAGUGGACACGUUUCUCCCACGACAAAAACGAGAACCGUCCUCCUGCUCCUUUCAAUAUGCACAGCAGUACUGUUUGCAGACGAACACUCCCAAGCACAAGGUGUAGAUCUUGUUCUUCAGCUGGGCCUCACUGGCCGCAGAGAGACGCACUUGUCUGGCACGACUGCGCCCUCUCCCUCGCCCCCUCGCCCCUCCCUGGACGUCCUUCCGCCCGGAGUUGGCGUUAUCCUCGGCGGGGAUGCCCACAUUGAGGCUCCCGCCCCGGAGCUGUUCCCCUCCGACCUCGGGGAGGAGUUCUCUGUCAUAGUGAGCCUGCGCUCCUGGCGAGCGAACAAUGCAUUUCUUUUCAGCGUCCGGGACGGCAGCGAUAGGCUGCAGUUCGGCAUCCAGCUCCUGGUUGAGAGCGUGGCGGUGUAUGUCAGCGAGGCGACGGCUGUAACCUUUGAACACAGCGUCCUGGACGGGCGAUGGCACUCGUUUGCCGUGGGGGUGCGCCCGCGCUCUGUGUCCUUCUUCGCGCACUGCGGGAGCGUGCGGCACAGCCAAGAGACCCCCGCCGGGUUGCCGGGGCUGCUGGCCUCCAGCGGCCUCUUCUCUUUGGGGAGGAUGAACUCUACCGCUGCCCAGCUGGAGGGCGCCCUGUGCCAGCUGGACAUCUACCCCUCCGCCCAGGCUGCGGCACAGUACUGCGACUAUGUUAAAAAACAGUGCCGCCUGGCGGACACUUUCCGAUCGCCCCCGCCGACGGAGAGCGGAGCUGGGAGCGGAGCGGGGCCCUAUGUGCCCCCCACUUCAUCCUCUCGGGGGUCCCCCUCAGCCUCACCCGCUCCCCUGGUGCCCCUCUGGCAGGAGAGUACCUCCCCUCCGCUCCCAGCCACCCCCACCAGCCCCACCUUGGGCACGUCUGAGAGAACGCCGGCUGUGCAGCGCUUCAGUCCCAGUCCCUCCCCAGGCCCCCUCAGCAGGAUGGUGUCUGAAGCCGCCGCCGCCACCGCCACCUCUAGGACUACCACAGCCAGCACUGGUGGCAGAAACACCACCAUCAACCCCAACACCACCGCCCCUGCAGGCGGGGCCGCCCUUCAGGACGCCAAUGACACAGAGGACAAGUGGCUCCUCCGCCAUAGGCCCCGUCCCACAGGCGCAGUGACCCCCGGCCUGAUCUCCCCCGUCAGGCAGAGCCGGCUGAAGGAAGGCCAGAGGAACAGGACCAGGGCGCCGCAGCCAGACGAUGAGCUGAUGGAGACCCAGCUACGUCCGAACGGCACCACCCUCUACCGGGACCCCGGCGCGUACAACCAGGUGGACGACUCAGAGGAGCAUCCGCAGGGACGGCCCUUCAAUGUCGACGACACGGACAGCUAUGGCUACGACUACGGCUAUGAGGAGGAAGACUAUUUCUUUGACUACAACGGCCUCCCCGGUCCGAAAGGAGAACCAGGCCCUCCGGGUGCUCCUGGUCCGUCUGGGCUUCCAGGACCCUCUGGAAAGAGAGGACCACGGGGUCCGCCUGGUCCCCAUGGGAACCCUGGCCUGCCUGGUCUACCUGGUCCCAAGGGCUCCAAAGGUGAUCCCGGACUCUCCCCCGGCCAGGCCCCUGCAGGGGAUCAGGGAGACAGGGGACGGCAGGGUCCUGCGGGCGCAGCAGGCUUCACAGGUCCACUGGGUCCAAAAGGGUACACUGGGCCUCCAGGAUUGCCAGGAGAUCAGGGUAUGCCAGGACUACCAGGCGAGACCGGGGCAGCAGGUUACCCUGGCAGGCAGGGGUUGGCUGGACCAGAAGGUGACCCAGGUCCUAAAGGUGUCCGCGGGUUCAUCGGCCCUCCAGGUGUCGCCGGUCCAACAGGUCUGGAAGGAGAGAGAGGAAUUCCAGGCCCUCCUGGGAAAGCAGGUCCAAACGGAAGGCAGGGUGUUGUUGGCGACCCUGGCGAGAGGGGUCCUCCUGGGCCGGAUGGGAACGAGGGGCCUGUCGGAGGUGCUGGUACUGGAGGCUUUCCAGGACUGAGGGGUGACCCCGGGUCUGAAGGACCCCGCGGCCUGCAGGGAAUCUCAGGACCCCAGGGCCCAGCAGGAAGGGCGGGGCCACCAGGAUUGAAAGGUGAUAAGGCGGAACCUGGAUUAAUAGGCGAGCCAGGUGAAAACGGUUACCAAGGUGAUAAGGGUGCGCCGGGCUUGCCAGGACCUCCAGGGCCGAGGGGAAAACCAGGACCACUCGGGAGACUGGGGGAGAUGGGACCACCAGGCCCGCCAGGUCCACCUGGACCUGAGGGCUUUCCUGGAGACAUCGGUAUGCCAGGCUCCAACGGACCUUCUGGACCCAAGGGGAUGCUGGGAGCCAGGGGCCCUCAGGGACCGCCGGGACCAAAAGGAACUGAGGGUGAUGAAGGCCCUUUGGGCCCACCUGGCAAACCCGGGCCCUUAGGAAGACCUGGACGGAAAGGCUUCAUAGGGGAGCCGGGACCUGAGGGACCAAAGGGAGAGAUCGGGGACCCUGGAAACCUCGGAAAAACGGGACCUCCGGGCCCAGUCGGCCUCAUUGGAGUGGAAGGGGUGAUCGGAGUCCCUGGUGAAAAGGGUGACCGUGGUCCGGCAGGUCCUUUGGGCCCAAGUGGAGAGAAAGGCACAGUGGGGUAUCCAGGCUUACCAGGAGGUCCAGGUGAAAUUGGUCCUCACGGACCACUGGGUCCACCAGGUCCGAGAGGAACAGCGGGGAUCCGAGGACCAAAGGGCAGAAGGGGCCCCAGAGGUGCAGACGGCCCUGUGGGAGAGCCGGGGCCAGAGGGCAUGAAGGGGGAGAGAGGCGAUCCAGGGAAGAAAGGAGGAUUUGGAUUCAUUGGCAAGGCUGGCAGCCCGGGGAAGAGAGGUCCGUCUGGCAGUCCUGGUAAACAAGGCAAUGCAGGCAGCUCAGGAGAGAGAGGAGCCCACGGUGAACCUGGCCCCAAAGGACCGCCCGGGGACGACGGACCUGAUGGAGAACAAGGCCCAGAGGGACCCCGUGGCCCAGAAGGGGACCUAGGUCCUGCUGGAGAACCUGGUAUGAAGGGCGAUAUGGGGCUGCCGGGACAGGAAGGCGAGGAAGGCCAGCUAGGGAUGAGGGGGCCUCCUGGUCCAGUCGGGGAAGAUGGGCCUCAGGGGAAAGACGGACACAAGGGGGACCCAGGAGAAGCAGGUCCCGUGGGAGAGGGUGGAGAGAGGGGAGAGGAGGGCGACCCCGGCCCCCCCGGGCCACCCGGCGAGCUAGGGAAGAGGGGCUUCCUGGGACCGGAGGGAAAACCCAGGACUCCCUGGAAAUCGCGGACGGCCUGGAAAAAAGGUAAAGACAUGAAUGGCAUCCUGAUGACUCAGGUGACAAGGGACCUCAGGUGCCCUGGGCGAGAUGGCGACCACGGCGAAAUCGGACCGGACGGCGAGAGAGGACCCAAGGGUGCCCGAGGAACACGAGGCCCUCUGGGUCAGCCAGGAAUGAUGGGGCCCCUGGGAGAGCCAGGAAUUGAAGGAUACACAGGUCACCUGGGCAAGCCUGGUCCGGUAGGCUCACCAGGCCCUAAAGGUGAAAAGGGUUAUCCAGGAGAGGACAGCACGACUCCAGGAGCACCAGGGCCCUUAGGUGAACCAGGACCCCCUGGGGAGCGCGGAGAGCGUGGAGGACCCGGAGACGAUGGAUAUCAGGGUCAUCCUGGCAUUCCUGGGCUUCGUGGAGCACUUGGGCAGCAAGGUCCCCCGGGAUCGUCCGGAAGCCCCGGAGAAUCAGGACCCAAAGGAGAAAAAGGACCCCAGGGAGCUGAAGGAAAGAAAGGUGCUCGAGGUCUUACAGGAAGUCCAGGUGUUGAGGGACUCACAGGGCUUCCCGGGCCCAAAGGCAUGGCAGGAUACCCGGGCCCGGAUGGCCCACCUGGACUGGCCGGGUUUGCAGGGUUCCCAGGCAUGGCCGGACACAAGGGCCCCCGUGGCGUUCCAGGUCCUGAAGGGCGGCCCGGCCUUCCAGGCCCCAGGGGUGAGCUAGGAUUUCCCGGCUCAGUUGGUGAUAAAGGACCACCGGGCCUGAAGGGUGAGACCGGUCUUCCAGGAGAGAGGGGGCCUGCUGGAAUCAAAGGCCUGUACGGCAGCCCUGGGGACCAGGGCAGGAUGGGGGACCCAGGGGCCAAAGGGCAAUCUGGGGAACCAGGAGACGCAGGUAUGCGCGGCCUCCAGGGCUUCCCUGGCCCGAAGGGACCAGAUGGAGACAUGGGCUUCAGGGGCGUUGCUGGUCCAAAGGGCCCCGUUGGUGUUGUGGGAUUCACUGGUCCUGUUGGUCCUGCUGGGAUGAUCGGUCCGGUGGGAAUGCCAGGCUUUAGAGGUCCAACAGGGAGCGAGGGGGAAAUGGGGCCCCAAGGGCCACAGGGGACUCCAGGGCCCAGAGGUCCAGCAGGUGUGCCAGGCCCCACAAACCAUGUGGAUGUUGACCCAGCUAUAGAGGCACUGAUGGAGUCUAACGGUCCCUUUCGCAUGGAGAGCUACCAGAACACCGAGAUGGCCCCGCCGGAUCAGAACUCUGAGAUCUUUAAGACGCUGCGUUACCUCAGCAGUGUUAUAGAGAGCAUAAAGAAGCCCCUCGGAACACGAGAAAACCCAGCCCGCUUCUGCAGGGACCUGCUGGACUGCCAACAAAAGCUUGCCGACGGACCAUUCUGGAUUGACCCAAACCUGGGUUGUACGUCAGAUGCCAUCGAAGUGUUCUGCAACUUCACAGCAGGUGGUCAAACAUGCAUCCAACCAGUUGCAACAAACAAGAUGACGUUUGCCAUUGGGAAAGUCCAGAUGAAGUUCCUCCACCUGUUGAGCACAGAGGCCAUGCAGAGCAUGACUGUCCACUGCCUGAAUGACCCGUCGCUGGGCACCACAGCGCCACAGACCCAAAGGGCACCGUUACAGUUCAAGGGCUGGAACGGGCAGAUCUUUGAGAUGGACACUUUACUUGAACCAUACGUGCUCUCGGAUGAGUGUGAGAUUCAAGAUGGCAGCUGGCACCAGUCACGCUUCCUUUUUCAGACUCAGGACACCUAUCAGCUUCCCAUCGUUAACCUCCAGGGUCUUGCAGCUACGCAGCCUGGAGAGCUGCGGCACGCCGAGGUCGGACCCAUCUGCUUUCUUUAAGGGAGUGUUCUAGGCCACUUUUCGCUCUCCCUCUCCCUCUCCCUCUCUCUCUCUCUCUCUCUCUCCCUCUCUCUCUCUCUCUCUCUCUCUCUCUCUCUCAAGCCAACCUGCCUGUGAACAAAAUAAAAGAAGAACAGCUCCACUUUAUCUAUUCAAAAUGGCUGCCGUCAAGAGGUCACAUGCAGAGUGCAGGCCAUUUCUCUGAAGAGGCCCAACAGCCCCUCUGCGAUGAACAGCCCCUCUGCGAUGGCCCGAAGAAGUAACCGUAUCUGUAGGACUAUUGACUUAUUCUGAAGAACUCAGCAGAACUCAACGGAGAGAUUUGUGUCUUUAAAAGGGAGCACAGGAUGAUGGUCAUUUGCCAACAUGUAUCAAGAAUAUUGUAUUUUCUGUUUGUUUGUUUGUUGGAUUGUUUUGUUUUUUUUCAUUUUUUGGUUUUGAUUUGGUCAGAGUAGUGGUGCUAGGGUAUGGGGUCUCCAGGCCAAGAGUGAUGACUGUACCCAGAGGAACCUUGCCCGGUCUUCUAUCCACUU